AUGGAACCCUCCGAUCGAUUAAAAACCCUAAUUUCCGAAGAGGAAGAGGAAGAAGAAGAAGACGUCGAUUUCAAUCCUCAUCUAAAGGAAACACCUUCCCGUGAAGCUUCUUCCAGUUUAAGCUCCGAUGUCGAAACUCUCGACGCCGAGCCCGUCAAUAGCAUUACGCAAACCUCACAAAAGGAGGAAAUCGCCGCGCAAGUCGAAUCAAUCCCUAAGGUCUCUCCACCACCGCAAGGUUUGGAGGAGGAAGAAGAUGACGCAAUCUGCAAGCGAACUAGAGCGAAGUACUCCCUCGAGAGCUUCACUCUCGACGAUCUUGAAGCUUUCCUUCAGGAGACUGAUGAUGAAGACGACAUUCCUAAUGUUGAUGACGAGGAAGAGUACCGCAAGUUUCUAACCGCCGUUUUACACAGCGGUAACGACUCCUCUGAUGAGGUUCAUUUGGUACAUGAAGAUGAUGAGGAUAACGACCAAGACUUUGAGAUAGAACUCGAAGAAGCGUUGGAGACCGAUGACGACGAAGCUAUACCUGAAAAGGAUGACAACAAACUCACUAAGCAACGGCCUAAGAGGAGGCGACAAAACAACAACAUCUCUUCCUCUUUUCGUCACAUAAUCGAUUCUCCUGAGCAGCAGGCGGCGGCUACUAGCAGAUUGUUACGCCCUAUUUUACCAAUUAUACAGCCUGUUAGUGUGUUGCUUCCUGCUCCUACUGAAUCACUUCCUGCUGCUGCUUCCUCGGUGGCUGCAAACGAGAAAAGAAUUGUUUUCAGUCAAACGCAAAUUGGAGAGUUGAAUUGUUUGAUGCAAGAUCAUCUUCAGCUUUUAAUCCAGGUUUACUCUCUUUGUGCACUUGAUCAUUCACGCCAAGGCAUUGGCACUCAAGUCCAAGGACUUAUCUCUGAGAUGAUACAACAACACCAAGGAGGAAGUCAUCUUCUUCCCUCUGAUACUGUGAAUUUAGCUGGGAGAUAUCUAACUGAUGUUUCUAAAGCCGUUCAAGAUUAUCGAAGGUGUCAAGUGGAAUCUGGUUUUGAUGCUUUGCCUCAAAGAGUGCCAUUAUUUACACUCCCUCUCCAGCAUAUCAACAAUCCUCCUUCAGCUGCCCCUAUGUCAUCACCAUCACAUCAGCAGCAGCAGUCUAAGAAGACGUUAGCUGGUGCCCUCGUUGAAUCGGCCAAGAAGCAGUCUGUUGCCUUGGUUCAUAAGGAUAUCGCUGUGUUAGCUAAAAGAUUUCUGCCUUUGUUCAAAGUAUCGCUAUUUCCCCACAAGCCACCUGUUGCAGCUGUUAGCAAUCGUUUCCUUUUCACUGACGCUGAGGAUGAACUAUUGGCUCUUGGAAUUAUGGAAUAUAAUUCAGACUGGAAGGCAAUAAAGCAGCGUUUUCUUCCAUGUAAAGGCGAGCAUCAGAUUUAUGUUAGGCAAAAAAACCGGAGAUCAUCUAAAGCGCCAGAAAAUCCAAUUAAGGCAGUUUUGAGGAUGAAAAGCUCUCCCCUGAACCUGCAAGAGAUAGAACGUAUACAAGAGGGACUUGCGUACUUCAAACAUGAUUGGAUGUCGGUGUGGAAAUUCGUUGUGCCUUAUCGAGAUCCAUCCAUAUUGCCAAGGCAAUGGCGUACCGCCCUUGGAAUCCAGAAGUCGUAUAAGCUAGAUGAUGACAAAAAGGAGAAGCGGCGAUUAUAUGAUUCAAAUAAAAGAAAGUCCAGAGAGCAGACGGCAUCUGCAAAAGAGGACCGUCAUGUUACUUCUAAGGCCAAUGAAAAUCAUGUUGGACAUGAAUUGGUGGAAAAUUCAGGUGACACAUACCUUCAUGAAGGAUUUUUAGCAGACUGGAGGCCUGGCAUGCCAACUCUCUUUUGUUCUACAUCUAUGCACUCCUUUGGCAAUGCAAAAGAUGUUGGCCGCAAUCAGCCAGUACAAACAUGUACUGGUGAAGGGUCUAAAACUGCGCAAAUUCUGACAGACACGCGGAUGCUUGCAUCUUCUUUCAUUCAUCAGUACCACCACACAUCUGGUAUAUCACCCAGUACCUCAAGAGCACCAGUAACUAUGCAUUUAUAUCACCGUGGUCGAAAACUACGUAACAAAAGUGUAGUGAGACUAGCCCCUGAUUUACCUCCACUUAACCUUCCAUCUUCGGUCCGUGUUAUCUCACAGUCUGCUUUUGCUAAGAAUCAGUCUGAAGCAUCCUCCAAAACUUGUAUCACUAAAGGUGGCUUGUCCAGUGUUUCUGAGAGGGGGGCUUUGGGUACUGAACCUCCUUGCCUCUCAGCCGAGGGAGAUAACAACGGUCCCCCCUGCGAGAAAGAUUUGCCUGCAGAGAGCUCCUCUGGGAUGGGCGAGACGGACAAUGACUCAGAUCUUCAAAUGCAUCCUUUAUUGUUCCGGACCCCUGAGCAUGGACAGAUUUCAUGUUACCCUUCAAACAGAGACCAAAGAGUUUCCAGUGCCUUUAGUUUCUUUUCUGACAAUCGACCUCAGCUGCUGAGUCUUUUUAACAGUCCAAGGCAAAUCAAUCAUUCAGUUGAUCAGUUUCAGAAAGAAGCAUCAUCAAAUGAUCACGAGGCAGCACCGGGAGACAGCUGUUUUCAUCCUCUUCUUCAAAGAACUGAGUGUGAAACGAGUUGUCGUAUUAGUGGGCGUGGGAACUUAGACACAGAUACUGGCAAGAAACGCAAAUUAUGUCAGGAUACUUCUAGUGCUGUUGAGAAGACUUGUAUCCCUGGUGCUACUCGUAAUGAUGUCAGCCUGGAGUUUGUAAGUUCUAACAAACAUGCUAUAAAUGUGAACUCAGGUAUCAAUCUAAGUCCUGGAUCUUCCAAGGAAAAAGAUUGUGGUAGUGUCUCAGCAGCAAGUAUUUCAGAAGUUCCAGACGUCUGCAUGAUUCAACGUGAAGAUGGCUCUGAAAUGCCUGGAUCAACUGCAACGAGUGAUAGAGGCAUUGACGAGAUGGCUGAUCAAUCUAAUCUUGGCAUAGUGAUGGAACAAGAGGAAUUAAGUGAUUCUGACGAAGAGACGAUGGAAGAACAUGUCGAGUUUGAGUGUGAAGAGAUGACUGACUCGGAAGGGGAAGAGGGCUCUGAAUGCGAAGAAAUCAUUGAGAUGCAAAAUAAGGAUAACAGAAGCUUUGCGGUAGAAGUGGCUUCAACAGAUGUAGGUUCUGGCAAAGAACUAGGCACUGAUUCUCCAAGCAGUCCUUGGUUGAGUCUGGAUACCAGUAGCCGUCCCUCAUGUAGUAAGGUUAGGGACACAGGGAAGACAGAACCAGCAGAUAAAGCGAACAUGACAAAAUUUAGUCCUAGUAGAUCACGCAGAAAGAGGACACCAAGAAAGAGCAGAGAUGCAGAAUCAAAGGAACACGUAGGUGUUGCUCGGUUGAGAUUGGGUCCUCUUUCGCCAUCCCGUAAGUGA